UCAACAGGUACAUGCCCAAAGCUGACUACCUGGUAGUGGCGUUUCGCAGAAGUUACGGGAAGUGAAUUUCACGCCAAUAAUGAAACGCGAGUUUGAUUGGCGGCACGAAUCGUCUUCCGCGGGCGCCUGCGGCGCAACGCGGCGCAGCGCGGCGGAGCGCGGCGGAGCGCGGCGGAGCGGCAAUAUUCCGGAUCUGGACCAGUACCUAGAAAUGGACACGGAAGAGGACAGCAUCAACGGCGUGGUUCAUGAAGAUUUCAACAAGAUCCAGAUUCAAUGGCUGAAGGAUCAUACAGUGGUGUUCAUUUUCGGAGGAAAAGCCAAGAACUUGGGAAACAAGGAGAAGUUACAAUUUGUACGGAAUUUAGAGGAUGGACGAUUGAGGUCGGAAUUCAAAGCGUUCGGAAGGGGCUCCACUCACGUGGAGGGUAGAUCAAUGAUUACGUACAUUGCUAGGUCGAUAGAGGCGAAAGAGUCAAUGAUGGGUAGGAAGCCGGAGAUCAACUUCACUUUGGAUAGACAAAAAUAUAAGGUAAUUAUUCGAUCGUGGCUUCCUAAAAAUGAAUGGGAAACGGAAAGAGAGAGGGAGAGGGUGGAAAAUUACUGGGUAAUGGCGGCGCUUUUUCUUGAGAUCGACGUCACCAAUCUUACAGUGUGGGACCCCAUCAUCCGGCAAGGAAACGCGCGGCAAGAGGAACAAGAAGAAGAAGAAGAAUCGAGCGAAGAUAGUGACGAUCCUGAUCACAUUCAGGAAGAAGAAGAGGACAAGGAAGAAGAGGAGUCAGCAGGAGAAGAAGAGGUAGCAGGUGGGCCGAGUCAGCAGCCCGAGCGAAGCAGGGAAGAAGAAGAGGCAGGAGCACGGAAACGGUUGGAAAAGGCAGAGGGAAAACGGCCAGUAGAAGAAAGGUCCCCGCCGGAUCUAUCGUUGGGAAAUCCGUGGCUCGAUCCAGAGCCCCCGAAGGAAGACGAAGGAAACGAUGGAGCCGCAGCGGAGGGAUCGGGAAGACGUCGCCGAAGGAGCAAAUCGCCGACUUCGUCUGGUUCCUCUGCCCCACCUGCCCUUCGCCUACGUCAGCAUGAGGGCGAUCGAGCUUCGUCCCCGUUUGUUCUCUCGCUGUCCCCUUGACUUUCUGAUGGUCACCCGAGUCCCGGGUAGACCCCCAUUCCCCGUUGGAUGGUGCCCCUUCAAGUUUCCUCCCGACCUCUUCCACCACCUUUACGCCACCCGCCUCCUAGUCACCGUCUUUCUGCAUGUUACCACCCGCUCUGUAGUAGAUUCUUUUCUUCUCCAUGUUCUCCUGUUUAGUGCAGAUUGGCGGGAAUAAAACCAUAUAGAAAUA